AUGAACCCUUUAGAUCCAAGAGAAUUUAGGAGGCAAGGGCACAUGAUCAUUGACUUCCUUGCUGAUUAUUACCAGAAUAUUGCCGACUAUCCAGUGUUAAGUCAAGUAGAACCAGGUUAUCUUAGAAACCUUGUGCCAGAUUUUCCCCCUCUCAAUCCUGAACCUAUUGAAACCAUUCUUCAAGAUUUGCAGCAACACAUAGUUCCUGGCAUAACGCACUGGCAAAGUCCUAAUUACUUUGCCUACUUUCCCUCCAGUGGUAGCACAGCAGGGUUUAUUGGUGAGAUGCUGAGCACAGGAUUCAACUUGGUAGGGUUCAAUUGGGUGUCAUCACCAGCUGCAACAGAGCUAGAAAGUGUUGUAAUGGAUUGGCUAGGCCAGGCGCUGAAGCUCCCCAAGGCUUUUCUCUUUUCAGGUAGUGGUGGAGGUGUGUUGUUAGGGACAACAUGUGAGGCCCUUUUGGUCACACUAGUUGCUGCUAGAGAUAAAAUGCUUAGCAAAAUUGGUAGAGAAAAUAUUUCUAGGCUAGUUGUUUAUGUGUCUGAUCAAACACAUUGUGCUGUUCAGAAAGCAGCUCAUAUAAUAGGAAUUCACCCCAAAAAUUUUAGGGUAAUUAAGACUAUGAAGUCAACUUCUUUCGCUUUGUUGCCAGAAUCACUGUUAUCUGCCAUUCAAACAGAUGUGCAAAACGGGUUGGUUCCUUGCUAUCUUUGUGCCACUGUGGGCACAACUUCAACCACUGCCAUUGAUCCAUUAGGACCACUGUGCAAAGUGGCAAAAAAGUAUGGCAUGUGGGUCCACGUUGAUGCUGCUUAUGCUGGUAGCGUUUGCAUUUGUCCUGAGUUCAGACAGUUGAUUGAUGGAGUUGAGGAUGCAAACUCGUUUAGUCUCAACGCUCACAAAUGGUUUCUCACUAACUUAGAUUGUUGCUGUCUUUGGGUGAAGGAUCCAGCUUCUUUGAUAAAGUCCCUAUCAACGCAUUCAGUGUACUUGGAAAACAGUGCUUCUGAUUCAAAGCAAGUGGUGGACUACAAGGAUUGGCAGAUAACCUUGAGCAGAAGAUUCCGUGCACUCAAAGUUUGGCUUGUUCUAAGAAGCUAUGGUGUUGCUAAUCUCAGAAACUUCCUCAGAAGCCACGUUGAGAUGGCCAAGGCUUUUGAAGAGAUGGUAAGAAAGGAUCAAAGGUUUGAGAUUUUUGUGCCCAGAAAUUUUGCUGUGGUUUGCUUUAGACUUCUACCUUCAGCAGUUGCAAAGGUUGGCAAUGGCAAGGUUCAAAAUGGAGGUCUCAAAACUGAGGAUCUUGCAAAUGAAAUGAACCGCAGAUUGCUAGAUUCGAUCAACGGUUCAGGCUCUGUGUACAUGACUCAUGCAAUUGUUGGAGGAGUUUUCGUGAUUAGGUGUGCCAUAGGAGCAACCCUGACUGAUACGCCACAUGUUGUCAAGGCCUGGAAGGUGGUGCAGGAUCAUGCAGAUGCCAUUCAAAACCACUAA